GUCUUCCUGUCACCUCCCGACAAUUCCACCAUGACCUGUCCCAUAGGGAAAUCAUGCCAUUAUGUUGUGGAGACAAAGAAACCACAAACGGGAUCAUGUUUAACCGCCGUUCCCGAGGGCGAAAUGAAGAACCUUCAAGUCACAAGUGGAAGCAUACUGGCCAGUCCAACCACGUGCAAGUACGAUGUCGUGUACACGCCUGACCCCUCCCUGCCCGGUCAACAGUCAUUCUGUAUUAGAUUUGGCUCAAGUCCUGGUGAAAAACUCUGCACAAACGUCAAUAGUCAGACCUUAGAUAAAGUUGCAACUGCGAGGAGCCCUUGUAGUCACGUCCACUGUGUUCACGGAUUCUGUGACUCAACAAGUUCGAGUUCCACAUGCAAGUGUCGGCCCGGAUAUAAAGGAAACACAUGUGAUCAUGCAGACGGUAAAUGCACAGUGACGUCUAUCCCCGUUUCGGUAACAUGCAACCAGGCCUCCGACUGUAGAUUUACGUUUGUUGUAACUGGAAGCACUGAAGCACCUGAAGUGGGUGUAAACGAUACACUGUUGGUGGCAGAAGUAGGCAGUGACGCUUCUGAGACGUUAACGUACUACGUCACAAUUCAAGUCAUUGAUCCGGCUGACACCACGUCAGCUUGUUUUAACGUCAGUGUAGGACAACAUGGAGACGGGUCAUGUUCAAAAUCACGAUGUGUUCCCGUUAAAGUAGACCAGAGUCAACGACACCCCACGCAACCCGGGACUUUGACGAGCACGCCCGAGCUAGACUGUCAGACACACCAAGAGCAGCCUUGUCCGCCGCUUGUCGUCACUUCCAGGCCUUUCUUAAAUAACACAUGCCCUGUAGCCACGGUGAGCGAGGAUACAACGUUGACGGAGGUCCACAUCUUCGGUACCAAACUUGUCCACAACAUGUGUCUUACCACUGUCACGGCGAAACCGUCAAAAAAUCCCGACCAGAAACUCUGCCUUCAGGUUGCCGGGACGGUGACCUGUCUUGGGACAUCUGUAUCUGGGGCAAACUGCAAAGUCCAGGAAGAGCGUGUGUACGCGAGGGAGAUGGUCCGUACUGGUCACGUGCAUUGUAAAUGCAGAGGGGCCGACAAUCAAGAAGUCACCAUAAUUAGGAGAAAUCCGAAACCAGAGACGUCAAAGGUCACUAAAUUGGCGGGCUUCGGCGCAGGAGCAAUGACCGGAACUAUGGCGAUUGUGUUUGUCGUAUAUAUUGUCAUUUCAAAAGUACGGGCGCCGAAGGGAAGCCCUACUGCUUUCCUCGACGACUCUUACGAUGAAGCUUCCCCUACCCUACAGCCGUCUACCAGCGGGCCCUCCCCACCGCGCUCCCGUGUCCGCCGCCACUCUCGCGUCUCGCCGGAAGUUGAUCCUCUGCCAGGGCCGUCAGUUGCGCUCCCCAGGCCGCGAACACCGCGCCGGUCAAGAAAUCUGCCUGCGCCACCGAAAAGCAUGGACUUUUGAUUGUGAACUGCCUUUGUUUAAGUGAACUAUUAUUUUUUUUAUUUUUAAAACAGAAAUAAAUUGUGUUUUUUUGUUAAUAUUCGAAGGU